UGAGCGGGUUAAGCGCCUCCUUAAGCGCUCAUUCAGUAGGCAGCGGGCAGUGCUAGCUCCUACCGUGGGAUUGAAAGCACUAGACUCUGGCAUCAGUCUCGCACUCCUCUUUGGAUCUUGAUAAAGCUCCGGUCGCUGAGUUCUGAGACCCUCCCACCCUCUCGGAUUGUCAGGUCGUUGGGGUUUUUUCCCCCCUUGUCUCUUCCCCAGCUGGUUCAUCCCCCUUGGCACUCUUUCCUCUCUUUUUUGGAAUCCAGUUUCUGGUCACAAGAGAUGGCCACAAAGAUCGACAAAGAAGCUUGCCGGGAGGCGUACAAUCUCGUACGGGAUGAUAGCACAAAUGUCAUCUGGGUGACUUUUAAAUACAACGGGUCCACCAUUGUGCCUGGAGAACAGGGAACCGAGUACCAAUCCUUUAUCCAGGAAUGCACAGACGAUAUUCGAUUGUUUGGAUUUGUUCGGUUUACCACGGGGGAUGCCAUGAGCAAGAGAGUGAAAUUUGCCCUCAUCACUUGGAUUGGAGAGAAUGUCAGUGGGCUGCAAAGAGCCAAGACUGGGACUGACAAGACCCUGGUGAAAGAAGUUGUACAGAAUUUUGCAAAAGAGUUCGUGAUUAGCGACCCAAAGGAACUGGAGGAAGAGUUCAUCAAGAGUGAGCUGAAGAAAGCGGGAGGUGCAAAUUAUGAUGCACAGACAGAGUAAAUGGUAGCCCCCCACCCCCUUGCCAGUAUCAUCUGCCUGCUUCCCCUCUCCCCCUUCCUGCAAGGGGAUGCCAGCAAGCAACCAACCAGCCAGCUCAUCAGGGAAGCGGGAUGUGAGACAGCGCAGCUAAUGGGCGUCUGCCCCCAGAUGCCCUUCCCUUCUCUCCAUUCCUUAUUGGAAAAUUAUCUUUGUUGUUGUUUUUUUUUUUCUCCUUGAUUUGAUGCGAAAUUUCUACACGUGAAUCAGAUUCGCAGGCGCCUCUGGCUGUGAGGCCCCUUCCCAUUUUCUGUCCUCCUUUGUAUCUGUACUAGCAACGCCACAGCUCAAUCACGUCAUUGCUUUCCAGCCUGCCUCGUGUCCUCCUUGGGCUUUCUGGUGGGGUUCACAUCUACCAUUUGCCAAGGCAAAUGCCAUUCCAGGAGCUGCUCGAAUGGCUUUCAGUCUUCAUAGGACACACGAGUUUGUUUCAUCCAAAGGCUCAAACCCUUCUGAGUUUGCCCGAGGUAUACCUCAAUCAGAGUUGCCUAAGCUUAGGUCCGAUAGAUAUAAUGUGACUUAGUAGUUUCCAAAAAUUAUCUCCAACCCUGAAUAAAAGAAAGAAGUAAAACUUGCCUUAAAACUUGCUUGGCAGUUACCCUGCUUUGUGAUGUCAAGUUCCCACUUUCCUGUCUCAUCACCUCCCUGAAAAAAUACUGGAAAGGAAUCACAAGUUUGUAUCUACUGAUUAGAAAUUCUCUCAUGGCCACAGUCACAAAUGGCAGAAGUCUGGGCACGGAGGCUGAUAGUGAGGAGAUAGCCAUCUCCAGGUUUCCCAUGGGAUGAAAGGGCGUUGGUGACAGAGGCCAAAGAGGAGAGGGUCAUGUGUGGGCCCUUCUGGCCCUCCCUGUGUCAAGCUGCCUUCCGUAUGCCCUCGAGAAGGCCCCCUUCUACUCAGCAUGGACACAAGUUCAAGCCAAAGGCCCCUCAGCCCUGCCUUAGCUCUUCACCGAGAAUCAGUCAUCCGACCCUUUCGGAACACAAAAAUCAGUUUUAGUCAUAUAUCGUUAGGUCAAUAUGGAAAUGUCAACAGACUUUUUUUUUUUUUAAGAUAAAAUUGGCAUGUUUUUCAUGAGCAUAUUUUAUAUUCUUUCUUUUCAUAUCAUUUAAGGAAAAUAUUGUACUGUAUUGGGGUUUGGGAGAAUAUCGGCGCUAAAAAUGAUUUACAUAAAUAAAAUUUUUUUCUUUUCCAAAA